GGCGGAUGGCGGGCGGCUCGUGGCGCAGUUGGCCCCCUUGGAGCCCCCUAGGAUCUUGGGAUGGAGGCGCCCGGGAGAAGGGAACCUCGCCUUUGGGGGAAUGAAUGAAGAGCUGUGGAGGCGCCUUCCGACUCCUCCGGGCGAACGGAUUGGCCGGCGCGCGCGCUUGUGUGUGCUUGUGUGUGCAGGAUCUGGAGCCGCCAGGGUCCUGGGUGCGGCUGCUCGACCGCCCCGUCGCGGUCCUGGUGCCCACGUUGCCCGUCCGCCCAGCGCCCGGGGUCGGCCCGCGGGGUGGAGCGGCGGGUGUGGACUGAAGGUUGGGGCUUGAGUGCCGGCUGUAGGCAGCUGGACGUCCGCGCCUCGAGCAGGGAGGUUCGAGAAGGAGGCGGCAAAGCCUGGGGCUGAGACUCGCUCCUCCGGCCCCCAGUUUCCGGUUCCCCGAGGCCCUUGGCUGCAUUCACGUUGGGCAAUCUGACAUCUUAAAGAUUUUGAAGAGGAAACAUUUCAAAGGAACACAGGCUGUAAAAGAAGAAAUCUUCAUGGACUCUGUGUGGGUGGUGCGCCAGUCCAUCCUUCAUUGAGGCCAUGAGAUCUUCUAAUCCCUUGGGUGUUCCCAUGUUCUCCAGUGAGAACUCCUCCACUUCAUUUGGUGCCAUGGGAAAAACCUGAAGGACAGGAAGAAUUGCUCCCGACCUUGUGGCUUUUUCCAGGAUUGCAGUGACUCUUACAGACCAUGACAAUUGGAGAUCAUUCGUGUUGUCUUUCGGAGUCGAACCAAAGAACACGCAUCCUCAUUCUCUGGUGUUUUAGCGCCUGAUCAUUUUUAUAUUUGUUUCUGUUGCUUGUGCCUUUCAACCAUUGUAUGUGAUCACGAGACGUCCUUGAAGUUUUCCAGCACGACUUGCAGGCAUCCGGACUCCCUGGGGACUCGCCCAUGGCUCGGCGGGCCAGCAGCCCAAGGGCAUUACGAUGAGGCACUGCAUUAAUUGCUGCAUCCAGCUGUUGCCCGACGAAGCACAUACACAGCAGGUCAGCUGCCGAGGAGGCCCCCAUCACAGUCGCCAGGAGUGCCCCAUGUGCAAAGGAGAAAACAAAAUUGUGUUUCGAGUGGACGGUAAGCAGAUGAACUUGCUUGCCGUUCUCGAAGUGAGGGCUGAAGGGAAUGAGAGCUGGAGUGGGUUUCUGCGCUUCAAGAAGGGGAAGCGAUGCAGCCUCGUUUUUGGAUUGAUAAUAAUGACGUUGGUGAUGGCUUCCUACAUCCUUUCUGGGGUCCACCAAGAGCUUCUGAUCUCAUCACCUUUCCAUUACGGAGCCCUCCCCAGCAAUCCCAGCUUGAUGGAUGGUGAAAAUCCGAGUGACACAAAAGAGCAUCAUCACCAACCCUCUGUAAAUAAUAUUUCGUACGUGAAGGACGAUCCAAGCAUUAAAUUAAUUAUCAGCAGCAUCACAGCCAGGAUUGAGUUCACAACCAGACAGCUCCCAGACGUGGAAGAUCUCAAGAAGCAGGAAUUGCACAUGUUUUCAGUCAUCCCGCACAAAUUCCUCCCCAACAGUAAGAGCCCCUGUUGGUACGAGGAGUUCACGGGGAGGAACACCACCGACCCCUAUCUGACCAACUCCUACGUGCUCUACUCCAAGCGCUUCCGCUCCACCUUCGACGCCCUGCGCAAGGCCUUCUGGGGCCACCUGUCCCACGCGCACGGCAAGCACUUCCGCCUCCGCUGCCUGCCGCACUUCUACAUCAUCGGGCAGCCCAAGUGCGGCACCACCGACCUCUACGACCGCCUGCGGCUGCACCCGGAAGUGAAGUUCUCCGCCAUCAAGGAGCCGCACUGGUGGACCCGGAAGCGCUUCGGAAUCGUCCGCCUGAGAGAUGGUCUGCGGGACCGCUAUCCCGUGGAAGAUUAUCUGGACCUCUUUGACCUGGCUGCACACCAGAUUCAUCAAGGACUGCAGGCCAGCUCUGCAAAGGAACAGAGCAAGAUGAAUAGAAUCAUUAUCGGGGAGGCCAGCGCCUCCACCAUGUGGGAUAACAAUGCCUGGACGUUCUUCUACGACAACAGCACGGAUGGCGAGCCCCCCUUUCUGACCCAGGACUUCAUCCACGCCUUUCAGCCAGACGCGAAACUGAUCGUCAUGCUGAGGGACCCUGUGGAGAGGUUGUACUCAGACUAUCUCUACUUUGCAAGUUCGAAUAAAUCUGCAGAUGACUUCCAUGAGAAAGUGACAGAAGCGCUGCAGCUGUUUGAAACUUGCGUGCUGGGUUAUUCACUGCGCGCCUGUGUCUACAACAACACUCUUAACAACGCCAUGCCUGUGAGGCUGCAGGUCGGGCUGUACGCCGUGUACCUUCUGGACUGGCUCACGGUCUUUAAUAAAGAACAGUUCCUCAUUCUCCGCCUGGAAGACCACGCCUCUAACGUCAAGCACACCAUGCACAGGGUCUUCCGGUUUCUCAGCCUCGGGCCCUUAAGUGAGAAACAAGAGGCUUUGAUGACCAAGAGCCCCGCAUCCAACGCGCGGCGUCCCGAGGACCGGAACCUGGGGCCCAUGUGGCCGGUCACACAGAGGCUCCUGCGGGACUUCUACGGGCCUUUUAACGCCCGGCUGGCGCAGGUCCUCGCCGACGAGGUCUUCCUGUGGAAGAAGACGUGACGCCGGGUUCCCGCUGCCACCAUGAUUUCCAUGCUUUGAAAAUCUGUCUUGGUGGGGAACCCUUUCGCUCAGAGCCUGGAGAAAACCCUUCCCCGGCCCACGUUUAUGGAAACCAGUUCAGAAUUUCCUUUGUGAUGUUAAACAGCCCGGCGAUGGACCCUUCACCGAGCCUCGGAUGGAGGCUGUUGGAAAUUCCACUUGGGAAAGGGUCCCCUUCUGCUCUGAGAGUGGCUGGGGUCCGGGAUGAGGCCGGCGCACGCUGGGCUGGGUGCCGGGAGGGAAGCGUGGAGUCUGGGCUUUGACAGUUCUGGGUGGAGGUCCCGCCCCGGGGCUGGCCAGAUGUACACUAUACAUUCAGCUUCGAAACCCUCUGUCUGGAUCACUAACCUCAUUUUGGCGGAGAAUGGCGGCUCCUAUUUUUUUUCCCUUUUACCCCAACGUCAGCCCUUCCGUCUCUUCAGAUUUCAACCCUGUUAACUUCACCGUUGACGAGAAAAAAGACAAAAGUCGAUUUUUGGAGGACAUUCGUGUCUGGGACCUCCUCCCCUCUGGCCUUGUGGACUUCACUUACGUUUAACAGAAAACGAACGCAUUUAAAACAAACCACUUUCUACGUUUCACUGGCUGGAGUUUUCUUUUCUGGCCCUUUAGAUGUUUUCUCAAGGUUUUUUUCAGUUUCUAAUUGGAAUAUAACUUCAGUUUAAAAUCGGAAGGGAAAGUUUUGCUGUUAAUGCCAGACUGAGCACCUCGAAGGAACUGAUGGAAAAUCUGGGCAUCUUGGCCGUCGCCGUGCAUCUGAGGUCCUCAGAGAACCGCAGCCGUUUGAGGUUUUAGUUGCAGGUGCGACAGGCUCCGCUGCUCUGCCUUUCCUCCCAAGUGAACUUGUUAGCACAUUCUCCGCCGUGUGUGGACAGAGGUCCUUCCUCACUCAACGAACGGCAGGAUGCUUUUUUCUGAUUCGGAAGCACAGCACGUGAGCUAUGCCUGGGCCAGGCAUGCUGUGCUGGGAUUUGGAACGAGAAUGCCGGGAGCUGUGUCCUUGACAGAACUUCCUGGGCCACUUGGCAUCCUGGUUUACUGUUGGAUGGGCUGAAGGUCUUGCUGUUACUUGGAGGUGAUGGGAAAGAUUGAACACAGUCCUUGCGCACAGCCCCAGGCGGGACCCCAACCAAGCCUUGCACGUGGUCGUCAAGGGAAGCUUCUGCGAAUCAGAACUCCCCAAGUCGAGGUCCCGGAUGCACACCAGUCAGAGAAUGCAAAUGCCCGCACUCCCAGCCGCCAGUCGUGGGCGUGAGGAUUUGCUGAGCUGUCCAGCCCUAGUGCCGUUGGAGAUGGGAUGCUCGGCCCACUUGAAGGCGUGUGGAGGGCUCUGAAUGGCACGGCCGGGCUGUUUCUGCUGUGAAGGAGCCAUGGGCCUGAACACCCGCUUUCAGGGACAGGCCCCCAUUUCUCUCCCGGUGGCCCUCGGAGCAGCAGCCAGCAGGCAAACCUGGCCUGAGCACAAGGAACUUCCCUUCCAGACCUCCUAGGAGGAGCAGAGAGAGGGAUGUUCAACAGCUGAACUUGAACUUGAACUUGAACGGGGAACGUGUGCUCCUGAACCGAGCAUGUCAACUUCACCGAGAGCAUCAGGCAAGGGGCUGGAAACAAAGGCAGCGACUGUCCUCGUGGAAGAUGACCAGGCCUGGUGCACUCAGGAGAAGCGCUGAGAGCUUGCCAAAAACCCAGGCAGAAGGCACAGGGCCUCCUUCGUCCUUCUGUCUGCAGUAACCUUGAACUUCAAGGAGCUGAACGGGCCUGGUGCCAGGAGCUAAAUUGGAGCAACCGCUGGCCCCAAAUUAGGAAUUUAUAAGCGGCUCUGGGCUUAUAAGCAUCAAAAGCAUAUUCUUGCCCCAGUAGAGUUCGCUGGGAUCCAGAAAGAGUCACACAAAGAGAGACCAAGAGAAACAAAAUCUCUGGAGAGUUACAUUUGGGGUGGCUGGAGGCUAGGUCGGCCCUAGGGUGACCUACGUGUCCCGGUUUCCCAGGACUUUCUUGAAUUCAGCACUGAAAGUCCUGCAUUCUGGAAACCCCCUUGGUCCGGUCACCCGGUUGGCCUGGUGGCUGGAAUUGCAGGACAGUGGAGAGCCAUGGACUCCUGUUCUGUCCCUCUGCUGGGUCCUGCUCACCUGGCUGGCUGUGGGCUGGCACUCGAGGGGCAAGGCCUCCCAGCAGCCCCCAUGGCUGGGGGCACCUGCAGCGUUUGGGGGACAAGCCUGGUCCCUGAAGAGCAUGGGGAGAGAGUCCCUCUUCUCAUUGCUGCCACUUCCCGUCCGACACCUGGAAGCAAGUCUGUGUGGCCUGAGUGUAUGCGGAGGGACAAGGACGUGAUGGAAAGCUUUCCAUAAACACAGACCAGCAGGGCAAAGGGCGGGGUUCUCAGACAAGGCAGGCACCUCCCUGGUUGCAGCUGAUGGUGGUACAUGCACAUCCCUCGGUGCCCAGCAUCUUCAGGCCCCUGUCCUCACCACUGUGUCUCCAGUGUGAGGCAAGGCGGGGAGGCCUGGGGGGACGGUGGCACAGAAGACCCCCUCCCCUUCUGCCCCGAGCCUGCUUCCUAGGCUGGGAAUUAGAGGACAUUUAUUUAAAUAUUUAAAAAUAGCACCCAAACGGUUUGACCGUCCUUGCCAGGAGAAAAGAUGAAGCAGCACCCCGUGCGCCGAGCUGGCCCCCUCUCUGCAGAGAAUAGACCUCAGGGGCCUGGGAAGCGGUCUGCGAGGAGCGAGCUGGCGGCCAAGCUUCCUGCCCUGAGCCCGGAGCCCUGAGCACUGUGGUAUUCCCUCGUCAGGGGUUUGCAGUGACAAUGGGAUGCUGAAAUUCAGAACGUCCUUACCACCCCUCACUCCCCAAAUAUAUUUAUAUACGUUUGCACUGUU